AUGUUUAAGUAUAUUAUUAAGAGGAACGUCACAAAUGUUGUUUUAUCGCAGAUAAAUCGGAAUUUGGUGAAUCAACCAUAUAAUGGUAAUAAUGUAUUAAACGCCAUUAAACUAACGCUUCCAAUAAUGGAAAUGGAUAAUGAAACUGUUGAAAAUGAACUUCGGAGUUUGGAAAGAGAUUUGAGCAAAUGUAAAAGUGAUCACAGUUCUGAACUCUUUAUAAAAGAGAGUCUUUUUGACUUUAAGAAGAAGAUUAUGGAUUCAAUUUAUACCAAUAACAUCAAAUUUGAUGAAGCGAAAAAUUAUAUUUUGAAUACGAACUGUAAACUUUUCCGUCCGAUCAUUUCCUUUUAUAUUUAUCACAUAUUAAAUUCUUCGAUGAAUAACUCAAAAUUAUCCAAUCCAGCGGAAGAAGAUUCAAAAUUAAAUAUCUCAACCGAUGAUGAACAGAAGAAAUUGGUUGAGAAGUUGAACAUUUCAUAUGAAUUAGUACAUAUUGGAAGUUUAAUACACGAUGACAUAAUUGAUGAAAGUGAUGUUCGUAGAAACUUGAUGAGCUCACACAAGAAGUUCGGAGUAAAAUUUUCCGUCUUGUUUGGAGAUUUCCUGCUAUCAAAAUCAGCCCAAAUAAUAACUUCUCUUCAGAAUAUUAAAUUAGUUGAUAAAUUAUCAAACACACUAGAUAAUUUAAUACAUGGUGAAUUGAUGUAUGUCAAUUUGAACAACAAUGACUUGUACUUGAGUUAUUUGUAUAAAAUUUAUUUGAAAACCGCAUCUUUGAUUUCAAAUAACAUUUCCUCCAUAUCCCACUUUACAAAUAAAUACACUCCCCGAUACGAUUCACAAUUAGGUAUUGGAAUAUUCACUUUUAGUGUAACAACACUAUAUAAUGAAUUGUUGUAUAUAAUUGGUGUGCACAUUGGAUUGAGUUUCCAAAUGUGCGAUGAUUUACUGGAUUAUAAUUCAAACCUGGAACAUUUGGGGAAGCCCAUUUUAAAUGACAUUAAACUGGGCCUAAUUACACUCCCAUUAAUAUACUUAUUGAAUAAUGGGAGUUAUUUCUCCCCUGAGGGGAAAACAGUUACCACUGACAGUGUCAGUAGUGUUUUGAGUGAAUUAAAGAGUUUAUUGAAUAAAUAUGAAAACGACAGGGAGAAGCUCGAAAUAAAUAACAUAAAGGAGUUUUUAAAGGUUGUUAAUGAUAAAAAUAACAUUAACAAGUGUAAAUUAUCCAUCUAUUAUCAUCUUUACCAAGUCAAAUCACUAAUGAAGUCAUUCAAUCAAACAAAAACAGACUCUCUAAUCAACUAUAUCUAUAAUGUUGUUAAUAGAUACUGUACAUGUCACUUCAGCAAUAUUCUAUCAAUAGUUAAAUAUAUAUAUAAGGCAAAAUUAUUAAAAAAUUAA